AUGAGUAUCCCUCCCGACUUCGCUCCUGGUAUCGCCGAUCCUAUUGAAAUAACAAUUUCAAAUAUCAAUCGCCUUGAAGAUAUCACUCCAGAACUUAUUCAUUCGGUCCGAUGCGGAAUUGCGCGUCCCCUCGCAAUCCCAAGAUUUCCAGUUACGCUUGACGAAUAUCUGGAAUGGGAAGCCAGACAGUCCCAGGAAAAUUUACAAGGAUUUGACUUCGACCCUCGUCAAGAACGUUUUGUACUACGCCCACGACUAAUGCUGCCGGCCCGUGGAGGGAUGCGAGGUAUUGUUCUUUGGCUGCGCACCGCUUUAGAACACCUGGGAGACAAUUUAAAAGGUUGGUCUUUGGUGCAAAAUAAACCUUAUAUGCUCACCGGAAACUACGAGGGUAUAGUGAAGAGACCACAGACAGCGCUGAUCAAAGCAAACAAAUCUUGGCCAUCGGUAGUAGUAUACGCUGAAACCAACGAGGCAGAAACGGAAGUCUUGAACAAUGUGAAGCAAUGGCUGUACGGCAGCAAUGGAGAGGUACAACUCGUGAUUGUUAUCAUAACUCAGGAACCUGACAUUCCACCCUUGGAGGGCUCCUGGCUUGAGGGUCUUGAUUUUCGUCUAUGGCAUAAUCCCUAUCAGCUUGCAGAACAUAUUUACAACAUAGAAAAGAAUAAAGAGAGGCCAACCAUAGUCGGUCAGAUCACCUCAACCGUGUGGUUAUUGGCUCGCAAAAACUGCCAUGAGGACGCCGAACGCCUUCCAUCAUCUCCUUUCUAUACAUUCAAAUGCGACCUUUCGCAGGCUUUGUAUCAGGGCUCCGCUUCGAACACGUUUACAGGGGUGCCCUACGUGGAUACGCAUCACUACUUUCAUUUGGAGAAUGUCGCUGUGCCUUUUCCUUUCCACACUUACAACGAUUCCAUCAAACGAAGCGUUAUGCAAUCUAUACAAGACCGUGCUAAAACCAUUGCCAUUGAGGUCUGGAACGAUCGUCAGUUUGUUAUCUGGCAAGAAAAGCUGAUCAAAGCUGGCUUUGGGCCUCAAGACCUUUGGGAAACGCCUGAAGACCGUCAAUAUAUGUUAGAGUGUAUGUUUUUGAGAUUUUGA